CAGGGGAGAGAGUCUUGGCUCUGCGUCCUGGCUGCAGACCGACCGGCGCAGAACUGAUUAAAGCGGAGAGGUUUCGGAUCAAAUGGCUGAAACUAGAAAAUGUUUCGCUGAGUUGAGGGGGUUUUCAAAGCCGGACAUCCUCAUUGUUUUUUGUUUCACUGCCCUUUUACGGACAGACGAGACGGGAAAUGCUCUUUUCCUCUAAGAAAAAGGAAUAACGUUCAAUUGUGUCUUUACGUGCACUUAUUGGACAAGAGGAGGAGGAGGAGAUGAUUUGUUUCAUAUUCCUGCUCUCCAUCCUGGAUGGAGCCGUCUGUCAGCUGCACUACUCCGUGCCGGAGGAGCAGGAGCCCGGCACCGUGGUGGGGAAUAUCGCGGAAGAUUUGGGUCUGGACAUCACCAAACUUUCCGCGCGCCGCUUCCAGACGGUGCCGAGCUCGCGGACGCCCCACCUGGAGGUGAACUUCGAGAACGGCGCGCUCGUCGUGAAGGAGAAAAUGGACCGAGAGGAGAUCUGCGCGCAGACCGUGCCGUGCCUGCUCCACCUGGAGGUGUUCCUGGAGAACCCGCUGGAGCUGUUCCGCGUGGAGAUCGAGCUCACGGACAUCAACGACAACCCGCCCAGCUUCCCGGAGACGGACAUCUCCGUGGAGAUAUCCGAGAGCGCCGUCCCCGGGACGCGCUUCCCCGUGGAGAACGCGUUCGACCCGGACGUCGGCGCCAACGCGCUCGGCACUUACGCCAUCACCACCAACAACUACUUUUACCUGGACGUGCAGACGCAGAGCGACGGGAAUAAGUUCGCGGAGCUGGUUCUGGAGAAACCCUUGGACCGGGAGCAGCAGGCGGUGCACCGCUACGUGCUGACGGCGGUGGACGGCGGCGUCCCGCAGCGCACCGGCACCGCGCUGCUGGUCGUCAAAGUCCUGGACUCCAACGACAACGCGCCCACGUUCGAGCAGUCCGUGUACACGGUCAACCUGCGGGAAAACUCCCCCGUGGGCACCCUGGUCAUCCAACUCAACGCCACGGACGUGGACGAGGGCCCGAACGGGGAGAUAGUGUACUCUUUCAGCAGCCACAACGCGCCCAGGGUGAAAGACCUGUUCCACAUCGACGCGCGCACGGGCCGGAUCGAGGUGGCGGGCGAGGUGGACUACGAGGAGAGCAGCACGCACCAGAUUUACGUGCAGGCCAAAGAUCUGGGGGCCAACGCGGUGCCGGCGCACUGCAAAGUGCUGGUGAAACUCGUGGACGCCAACGACAACACGCCGGAGAUCGGCUUCAGCACCGUGACGGAGUCCGUGAGCGAGCAGGACGCGCCGGGCACCGUGAUCGCGCUGUUCAGCGUGUCGGACCGGGACGCCGGGGAGAACAGCGAGGUGAGCUGCGAGAUCCUCGGAGACGUGCCCUUUAAGCUCAAGUCGUCCUUUAAGAACUACUACACCAUCGUGACGGACGGCCCGCUGGACAGGGAGAGCGCGGACGCGUACACCGUCACCGUGGUGGCCAAAGAUAAAGGCAAGCCCUCGCUGGCCACCAGCAAAUCCAUCAAAGUGCACGUGUCCGACGAGAACGACAACCCGCCGCGGUUCACGCAGUCCGUAUACGACGUGUAUGUGACUGAAAACAACGUCCCCGGAGCUUUCAUCCACGCCGUGAGCGCUCUUGACCCCGACGUGGGUCAGAACGCGCAGAUUACCUACUCCAUAUUGGAGUGUGACAUCCAGGGAAUGUCCGUGGACACGUACGUGUCCAUAAACCAGGAGACCGGGUACCUUUACGCGCUGCGCUCUUUCGAUUACGAGCAGCUGAAGGAGUUCAACUUCAUGGUCCAGGCCAAGGACUCCGGUGCCACCGAGCUCUUUUCCAACGCCACGGUCAACGUGGUCAUCGUGGACCAGAACGACAACCCCCCCGCCAUCAUCGCCCCCCUGGGCAAAAACGGCACGGCCAGGGAGCACCUGCCGCGCUCCGCCGAGCCCGGGUACCUGGUGGCGCGCGUCGUGGCCAUGGACGCGGACGACGGCGAGAACGCGCGGCUGUCCUACAGCAUCCUGCGGGGCAACGAGAUGGGGGUGUUCCGGAUGGACUGGCGCACCGGGGAGCUGCGCACCGCGCGCAGGAUCUCUCCCAAGCGCGACCCGCAGGGCUUUUACGACCUGCUGAUCGAGGUCAGGGACCACGGGCAGCCCCCCUUGUCCUCCUCCGCCAGCGUGAGCGUCAUCCUGGUGGACAGCGUGGCGGAGGGACGCGGCGGCGGGGACCGCGGCUCGGCCUCCAGGUCCAAGGAGACCUCCCUGGACCUCACCCUCAUCCUCAUCAUCGCCCUGGGCUCCGUGUCCUUCAUUUUCCUGCUGGCCAUGAUCGUGCUGGCCGUGCGCUGCCAGAAGGACAAGAAGCUGAGCGCGUACACGUGCCUGCUGGCCGGAGACUGCUGCUUCUGCUGCAGCGCGUGCUGCUGCGGCAGGCAGGCCCGCAGCCGCAAGCAGAAGAAGCUCAGCAAGUCCGACAUCAUGCUGGUUCAGAGCACCAACGUGACGUCGGGAGUGGGCCCCGUGGGGCAGGUGCCCGUGGAGGAGUCUGGGGUGGGGGGCGUGGGGGGCGGCUUCGGCUCCCACCACCACCAGAACCAGAACUCGUACUGCUACCAGGUGUGUCUGACGCCGGAGUCGGCCAAGACGGACCUGAUGUUCCUGAAACCGUGCAGCCCCACGCGCAGCGCCGACCCGGAUCACCCCAACCCCUGCGGCGGCAUCGUGACCGGAUACAGCGACCAGCAGCCAGACAUCAUAUCCAACGGCAGCAUCCUCUCCAGCGAGACAAAACACCAGCGAGCCGAGCUCAGCUAUCUGGUGGACAGACCCAGACGUGUCAACAGCUCGGCUUUCCAAGAAGCAGACAUCGUCAGCUCCAAAGACAGUGGCCAUGGUGACAGCGAGCAGGGCGACAGUGACCACGACGCCACGAACCGGGGUCACUCAGCCGGCACCGACCUGUUCUCCAACUGCACGGAGGAGUGCAAGGCCCUGGGUCACUCCGACCGCUGCUGGAUGCCGUCCUUCGUGCCGUCAGACGGGCGCCAGGGUCCGGACUACCGCAGCAACCUGCACGUCCCCGGCAUGGAUGCCACGCUGCCAAACACUGAGGUACCCUCCUCUGUCGACCUCUCCGAGCACCUCACCACGACCUCGUCCACCGCCUCGUCCAACGAUAGGUCAUUCUCCACUUUUGGCAAGGACGGCCAAAGAUCACAGUCACACCACAGCCUUCACCAUCACCUCCAUCAGCAGCAGCAGCAGUACAGCUCCAGCACGCUAGAGAGGAAAGAGUAUGAUAGGGGGACGCUCCCGUACAAACCCACCUUUCUCUCCCGCAAAAGGAUUUGCUAGUUCAUUCCACGUGGACCUGUCAGAGACAGCGUGAAGUUCUGUGCGAGACCACCGACACUGAUGCUAGUGGUAGCGAAAUCUAAAUGAGCAAACGGCAAAACCUGGACGAGAGCGACCUUGGUUAAACUUCAUUAUCUCGGGUGAUGGACUGUAACAAAGCCUUGGUGGAGGCUGCCGGGGGGGGGGGAGGGGGGAGACGACGGAGGCUGAGUAGCUGUAAAGGAGAAAUCCAAGGCCUUAUUUCACUCAGCGGGACUGAGACCAGGGCCAGAACCCUCAAACAUGUGAAGAUUAUAAAGUUUUCAAGAAAAAAGAAAAAAAAGAAACAACAAAAACUGCAGCAGCAGCAGCAGCUGGAAUGAACCGGAGGAACAGGAUAUUGGGCCUAACGAACUAACGCAGAGUUUUCCGGGUUAUUUUUGUUGUCUUUUUUUGUUUUUACGAUUGAGGAGUUGGCCUCCAGAAAUCUGUGUGCCUGUUUACAUGAAAAGAGAUAAAAAAACACGUAAUAUUUCCGUCCAAACUUCAGCCAACGUCACACGGAACCCUUUAGCUGUUUCUAAGGUCACCGCGAAAGCCAGCUGUGCAGAGACAAUGAGGCGAAAGGGAGAAACAGCGAGCGAUGUACAGGUAGAAAAACAAGGACAAGCAGUGAUGAUGUGCAGUACUAUAAAUUCUGUAUCUCUGGUUUUUUGACUUAACUGUCUUUAUAUAACUUCUCUCUCUCUCUCUCUUUCUUUGUUUUUGUUUCUGUUGUUCUUUCCGUGUGGUUAAAGUGUGCAGACUCUAAAAUAUUCACGGUUGCAGGCAGGAACGAGCAGUCCAGAGCUGUUUUCAGCCCUCUUUCACGUUUAGCCACUUCAGGAAGGAGAUUAGGACAAAAACACUGUGGAGACGAAUAAGAAGCUCAUGGAUCUCUUGUUGCAUUUAUAAAUAAAACACCACAAAUGAAUGUUCUUUUUUUUUUUUUUUUAAGUACUAACAGUCCUUAAGGUCCUUCCUGAGCUGACUGCACAGAAAGUGAAUCGUGGUUCCCUUAACGCCAUCGGCCUAUACAUAAACAAUCAGACACACUCAAUGGUUUUUAUCAUGUGUGCAAAGUGUUUACUGUGCUAUUU